CUCAUGACCUAAAUUCCACUGCAAAUGACUGAUAAACAGUCAGGUUAUCACUUUUUGGCAUAGCCUAUUUUGCUAUAAGACCAUCUAGAUCUGAAUCUUUUGGAUGCCACUGAUCGAUAGAAAGAUGGGAGUGAUUCUUUAUCUGGACACCAUAUUAGUCCCCUUGAGCCUCUUCCUCACAAUAGGUUACCAUGCCUUUCUAUGGCACAGCUACAAGAACAAGCCCUUUCUAACCACCAUAGGCAUGCACAUGCUAAGGAGGAGAUCAUGGAUCCAAGACAUGCAACAGGGUGAUGAUAAAAAGGGUAUGCUUGCAGUUCAAAGCUUGAGAAACACUUUAAUGGCCACUAUACUUACUGCUUCAAUCUCAGUUAUCAUAAACAUAGCAUUAGCAUGCCUAACCAACAACACCUAUUAUGCAAGCCACCUCCUCAACAACAGAAUCUUUGGCUCACAGACCAAUAUGAUCCUUGUCCUGAAGUACGGCUCAGCAUCACUCUUCCUGCUAGUUAGCUUCUUGUGUAGCUCUAUGGCCGUCGGAUGCUUGAUCGAUGCCAACUUCUUGAUCAAUGCGAUGUCAUCAGAUGAAGAUCAUGAUCAGAUCUAUACUAAUGCCCACACACAAAGGAUAAUGGAGAGAGGGUUUUUGUUGGCAGUGGUUGGUGAAAGGGUGCUUUGCGUUACCUUUUCUCUGCUUUUUUGGAUGCUUGGUCCCGUGCCGGUUGCUUUGUCCUCAGUGGCAUUGGUUUGGGGGCUUUAUGUGCUUGACUUUGCUGGAAAACUCCAUCAAAAUUGCAAUAAGCAAGGCAAAAGUUAAAAUCGAUCAGUAGUAUUAUCGUUGGUCUUAUCGGCUGUUCAUAUGACACAAGAUUGUCUCAAACCCUCUGUCUACAAAAAAUGAGUCAAUUAAGGAUUUCUAUUUUAUUUUUUUAACACGGAAGGGUAAGAGAGUAAUUCCACCUACCAUUUCCGCAAUUGCUGACUAUUAAGGAUUUGGUGUGUUUAAGAAUGCAUGUGCGUUUUGAAGAUGUCAACUCAUUCAAGCCCGAAGGCGAAGAUUACAUCGCAAAAAGAAACUAGUGGGCUUUGUGGCCCCCUAGAAAGCCAACAAAUUUUUCUGGCCCAGAUGCACUAACUGUGAGUACUAGGUAAAUAGGCCCAUCUUGUUCUUGUUCUUUUGCUUUGAGGAAAACCCAUGAAUGGGCCGGCCAUGUUAAGAGUGUGGCCUAUCUGGUUUUCAGAUCUAGGGUCUUCAGCCCUCAGUUUCGAUCUGCCUUGGCGACGGAUCUGUGGGUUCUUCUGCAACAACGGUCGUGGCGCCUAGCAGCAGCGACUGUGGUGGAACGAAGGGACGUUGAGCUCUAGUUGCCAAUGUGAAUCCUCCAUCUUCCUCAAGCCACAUCCACGAGCUGUCAACUUUUGCAUGAUUUUUUAUGUUUGUUGUUGUUUUCUUUUUCUUUUCUUUUCUUUUUUUUGUUCGGAUCCUUGGGGUCCUUUGUAUUUUGUGUUGUUUGGUUAUGAAUACAUGUUUGUGUUCCCAAAAAAAAAAACAAAUACUAUAAGUAUCUUCUAAGAGACUCUUGCUCCAUGUGGAGAUUUAAAAAGUCCC